AUGGACUCAUUACAGACUCCUCUGAGGAGAGAGCUGGACGGUGUUGAGUGCCACUUCACCUGGAACCUUAGUUGCAACGUUAGCCUUCUUCACCAGCAGCAGGAGCGUCUGGAGGACCGCAGUCGACACGGCUGUACUUGGGAGGGCCAUCUGUACAACCUGCUGGGUUACGUUGUCUAUCACAUCCAAGACUCUGCAGAGGAGGCACUGCUACACCUGCGACAGGCUGAGGCGGUGCUCAAAGAGCAAGAACCGGAGGGGAGAGGACCACGUCUGCUGGUCAACCAGGCUAACCUGGCCUGGGUGCACUACCACUUGGGGGAGCUGCCAGAGUGCCAGGCUUAUCUGGAGGAAGUGGCCCGGCUCCAGGAGGAAUUCCCUGCACCUCCUGGGUGUGAACUGCAUCCAGAGGUUUAUGGGGAGAAAGGCUGGACUCAGGUGAAGUUUGGGUAUGAUUUCAAGAAGCAAGCCGUAGAUAACUUUCAAAUGGCUUUGAGAGGAGAUCCAGAUAGGAAAGAGUGGCACAUAGGCCUCACACUGGCCAAGUAUAAACUUUAUGAAGCUAAUAAAGACUUGACAGAAGAAAUCAUUGAGCAAAUUAAAAUUGCAAAGACAAAAGAUCCAGAGAACCUGCGCAUAUUAGUUAUCUACUGUAAUGCAUUGGCAAAAGUUGGCAGAAAGACAGAGAAGACUGUGAGAGAGGUUCAUGAGCUAGCUCAGCAGCUGAAUCCAGAUCUUGAUGGUCUUGGAGAUAUUCUUCACUUCUUACGUCUCCACGAUUCACUGGAUUCAGCUUUACAAGUUGCAGAAGAGAUAGUGAGGAGAUAUCCCUCUGAAAGAGAAGCCAAAAAGGAGCUAGCUCUUUGUUAUAAAUGGAAGAUUUUUGAUAUGCAAAACAGCUCGGAUCUAAGUGAGCUGAUGAGACGAGGCAUCAGUAUCUAUGAAGAGGUCACCAGUCUUUACCCAUACUAUCUCAGAGGGAAAAUAGAUCUUGCAGGAAUAUAUGGCAAGUCUGGAAAUGUGGAGAAAGCAGAUCAAAUCUACAUGGAUCUUCUCAGUAAGACAGAAGACAUGGAGCCUGGAGCUCUACAGUUGUUAUAUAAUAGGUACGCUUGCCAUCUUAAUUGGUAUAAAAGGCUCUCCUCUGAAUCCAUUGAUUACCACAAAAAGGCUGCAGAAAUCCCUAAACAAUCUCGGGAGAGGGAGAAGAGCAUUCAAAUUCUCAGGACAAUUGGUUAUCGUCCCAAUCAUUCAAGAUGCAAUGAAAUUCGCCACUUUCUGUCAGACAUUGAACUGACCUGA